GGAUUGUAAUGUGGCGCAUGCGCAGUGCGGUUCUAGACAUUUCUUCACGUGGAUCCCAGCACUGAAGUGGUCCAGUGUGAUCGUCUUAUGCUGUUCUGCCGGACGUGUAUUCUUAAAGAUCAAUCAAAAUGCAGGCUUUCCGGAAAUUUCUCCCCAUGUUCGACCGUGUGUUAGUAGAACGGUUAGCCGCAGAGACUGUGACAAGAGGAGGCAUCAUGAUUCCAGAAAAGUCCCAAGCCAAAGUGCUGCAGGCAACAGUGGUAGCAGUGGGACCCGGAACUACCAGCAAGGAAGGGAAAGUAACGCCUGUCUGUGUCAAAGUUGGAGAUAAAGUUAUGCUGCCAGAGUAUGGAGGAACUAAGGUGGUCCUUGAAGACAAGGACUAUUUCCUGUUCCGAGAUGGAGAUAUACUUGGCAAAUAUGUAGAUUAAAGUCUGCUUGUUGUUCUGCCAUCUGUUUCAAUCUGGAGUUAAAGAAAGAAUGGUUGCUCAGUUUUUGUUUCCUUUUUCAAUGUAAUUUGAUUGUAAAUAAGUAUGAUCAUGUUUUGUUACAAUAAAGUAAUUCUGAUGUUUA